AUGUUAAGAUUGAGGACGCAAGCAGUUGCAAAAUUUAAAAGUCACCUUUUCCGAGGUGAUCAACGAGGUGCCAUCUCGGCCGCAGCUAUCGGGACUACAAGCCGAAAAUAUUCGACAGAGAGUCCCUUCCCCGAAAGUGCUGAUGUAGUAAUUAUUGGUGGCGGUUCGGCUGGAUGUAACGCACUUUACCAGCUGGCGAAACGUGGAGUUCACGCGGUACUGCUGGAAAAAUCCAAACUAACGGCCGGCACAACGUGGCAUACGGCUGGGUUGGUAUGGCGUCUCCGGCCGAACGAUGUCGAGAUCCGGUUGCUAGGGGCAACGCGCGACCUACUGAUGAGCCUCGAGGAGGAAACGGGACACAACUCGGGCUGGAUCAACAAUGGUGGACUGUUCAUUUCACACUCACCGGAGCGGUUGGACGAGUACAGCCGGUUGGCCACGCUGGGCAAGUGCUUCGGAAUCGAGUCACACAUCAUCGGACCGGAAGAGGCACAGAAGGUAUUUCCCGCGCUAGAUCCAAGCUCGUUUACCGGUGCGCUCUACUCACCCGGUGAUGGUGUCGUCGAUCCGGCCAUGAUGUGUACGGCCCUGACGAAGGGAGCCACCGCGAACGGAGGACGCGUGAUCGAGGACUGUACCGUGACGCAGAUCAUUUCCGGCGAGAAUCUGCUCGGCAUGAAGGAUGUGCGUGGUGUGAUGACGAACAAGGGCACGAUCCGGACGAACACGGUGGUGAAUGCUACGGGUGUGUGGGGCCGCGAUCUGAUCGAACCGCUCGGUGUGUUUCUGCCGCUGAUUCCCAUGAAACACGCGUACGUCGUGUCGGAAACGAUGGACACGAUCCACCAGAUGUUGCCGAACGUGCGGGAUCACGAUUUCUCGCUGUACUUCCGCAUCCAGGGCAAAUCGAUCUGCAUGGGUGGGUACGAGAACAACCCGAUCCUGCUCAACCGUGUGCCGGGUGACUUCCAUUUCGGGCUGUACGAUCUCGACUACUCGGUGUUCGAUACGCACAUACAGGGUGCGGUAAAGCUUUGUCCAGCGUUUGGAAAUGCCGGCAUCAAGAGUACGAUCUGUGGACCGGAAUCGUUCACGCCCGACCAUAAGCCACUGAUGGGACCGGAUCCGACGGUGAGCGGAUUGUUCCACAGUGUGGGCUUUAAUUCCGCCGGCAUGAUGCUCGGUGGCGGUUGUGCGGAACAGUUGGCAAAGUGGAUCAUUAACGAGCGUCCCGAUCGGCACAUGUUUGCGUACGAUGUGCGUCGCUUUACGCCCAAGCAGAAGAAGGCACUGAACUGGGCGACGGAGCGUAGCCACGAGGCGUACGCCAAAAACUAUAGCAUUGUAUUUCCCCACGACGAACCGCUGGCCGGACGCAACUUUACCGUCGAUCCAUUCCACAAGCAAAUGAUACAAUAUGGCGCAGUAAUGGAGGAGCGACACGGAUGGGAACGUCCCGGGUACUUCCUGCCGGAUGAAACGGUUGUAGUGCAACCGUACGAUUGGUACGGGUAUUACGACUAUCCCAAGAACGCCAACACACACUACGAGGAAGCACUCAGGGGAGACUACCGAUUCGGAUUCUCUGAACAUCACGACCUGAUCGGGGAGGAAGCUCUCACCUGUCGGCAUGAUGCGGCUCUGUUCAAUCUGAGCUACUUCAGCAAACUGUUCCUCACUGGAAGCCAGGCUAAGGAAGCUGCGGAGUGGAUCUUUACCGCCAACUUGGACAAACCAAUCAACAAGACAGUCUACACGUGCGCACUUAACAAACAAGGCGGUGUCGAGGGUGAUGUGACGGUUAGCAUCGUGGAGUCGGGAUUGGGCGGACUGCAUGAUCCCAUUUUUAAGGGUCGUGGAUACUACAUCGUAGCUGGUGGCGCUUCCGCUUACCACACCAAAUGUCACAUUCUGUCCGCGAUUCAGGAGAAAGCGUUCCGAGCGGUCGUGAGCGAUCACACCGAGGAGCUGGGCGUAUUGUCACUGCAGGGACCGAAAAGUCGCGAAAUUCUACAGAAGAUCACCGAUUUUGACCUGUCGAACGAGCAGCUGCUGCCGUUAAACUCCACCGCCAUACUGACGAUCAAGAUCAAUCCACACUACAGCUGCAACGUGCGUGUGCUGCGGGUGAGCUUUGUCGGUGAGCUGGGCUAUGAGUUGCACAUCCCGGAGGAAAGCUGUAACGAUGUGUAUAACGCACUGAUGAAGGCGGGAUACAAGGAGAGUCUGCGCAACGCGGGCUACCGAGCACUGUACUCGUUGAGCAGCGAGAAGGGCUACCAUCUGUGGGGAUUCGAUCUACGCUCGGACGAUACACCGAUGGAGGCAAACUUGGGCUUUGUGUGUCGGAAAAAUGGCGAGUACCAGGGUAAGGAGGUGGUGGAUCGACAGCGCGAAAAUGGCGUCAGUCGACGGUUGGCGUUUUUCACCGUUCGUGAUCAGGUACCGAUCUGGGGCUUGGAAGCGGUCUAUCGCGAUGGAGAGAUCGUUGGACAUCUGCGCCGUGGCGAGUACGGGUAUACGCUCCAGAAACCGAUCGGUCAGGCGUACGUGCAGCGAACGGAUGGUAGCCCGAUCACUAGCCAGUUCCUGCAAUCGGGCCGUUACCAGAUCGAGGUGAUGGGCAAACUGUACGAUGCCGACUGCCAUCUGAGAAGUCCGUUCGACCCGAAAGGUGAACGGUUGCUUGGAAAAUACAAAUAA